AUGCCCAAGUAUGCAAAGUUUAUGAAAGACCUGCUGACUAACAAGGGAAAAUUAGAGGAAUUAGAAACAGUUGCAUUGCCACAGAACUGCUCUGCGAUGAUUCAGAGGAAACUCCUUAAGAAGUUGAGUGACCCCGGGAGUUUCAUUAUUCCAUGUGUGAUUGGGGAAGGCAUGAAAGAAAAGGCCUUGGCAGAUUCUGGGGCUAGCAUCAAUGUGAUGCCCUACAAGCUAUUUUUGAAGCUGGGAUUGGAAGACAUGAGGCCUACAAGGAUGACAAUACAACUUGCAGACCGGUCUAUAAAGAAACUCUGUGGGGUUGUUGAGGAUGUGAUAGUUAGAGUUGACAACCUCAUUAUCCAGGUGGAUUUUGUGAUUAUUGAUGUGGAUGAUGAUGUUGAAGUCCCAUUGAUCCUCGGGCGACCAUUUCUUAACACCGCCAGAGCCCUCAUUGAUAUAAAGGGGGCUAGAAUGACAUUGAGAGUGGGGGAUGAGGAAGUCAUUAUUACACUCCCCACGGCUAUGAAACACACCUUGGACCAUGAUGAUUCCCUCUAUUUUACUGAUGAAACUGAUAUGAUUAUUACUGAUUGUGUGCAGGAGGUCUUGGCGAUUAACCACUUGGAUGAAUUCUUGGAAGGAAUGGAUAGCAAUGAGUGCAAAGAGAACAACCCACCUCCCACACAAGUAAAGCAUGUAGGCUAUGUGGGGACAUUUCCAUGGCAGAACAAUAAAAAGAAAUCAACCACAAGGAAAAUUUGGCGUAAGAGGGACUAG